AUGCGUCAAUCCCGUGGGGUUAGGUCGACUCUGAGGCAAGGCUUGGAUCGCGAGGUUUAUCAGAUCGUGCGUAAGAUCAUCGAUGAUCAGGGAGAGAGCGACCGGAUACGUCUCUCGGUGCCCGCGAUCUACGAUACCAUCAAGCGAUCAAAUUCCAGUCUAAACAGGAAGCCGAAGAGGAUAUUAGAGGACAGUAUUGAAAGGGUCGUGGAAGUGGUUAAAACCGACGUGCUCGGCGAAGAUGAAGAAGAUUCUGUGAAUGGCGACUUCGAGGGUCUGGAAGAGCAAGCACAACCUGUUCCAGAAUCCAACAGCCUCAAUAGGAGCAUUGUAGGCGCAUGGAAUACCAAUUCGAAACCGCAAAAGUCAGCCGAUCCCAGUGCUUCUGAAAGCGCACCUACGCCUGCACCAAUCCCGACCAAGCGACGACAACAUGGAGGUGAAUCUCAAUCGUCCAAACGACGUAAGGCCGACGUGGCCGUUGAUCGCUCGCCUCCGACUCAUGUGAGCCUUGCGGACCUGGGUGGAUUGGACGACGUGAUUCAGAGCCUGGGAGAUCUCCUCAUCCUACCGAUGACCCGUCCACAAGUUUACGUGUCUUCAAAUGUUCAGCCACCCCGUGGUGUGCUAUUGCAUGGUCCGCCAGGUUGCGGUAAAACAAUGAUCGCCAAUGCGUUCGCGGCAGAACUAGGCGUCCCAUUCAUCCCAAUAUCUGCUCCAUCUAUCGUGUCGGGAAUGUCGGGAGAGUCCGAAAAGGCUCUACGAGAGCAUUUCGAAGAAGCCCGAAGGCUUGCGCCUUGUCUCAUUUUCAUCGACGAAAUUGACGCCAUCACCCCGAAGCGAGAAAGUGCACAAAGAGAGAUGGAGAAACGGAUUGUUGCUCAACUCUUAACAUGCAUGGACGAUUUAGCACUGGACAAAACCGACGGCAAGCCUGUGAUUGUUUUAGCAGCUACCAAUCGACCGGAUAGUUUGGACGCGGCCCUGCGUCGCGGGGGUAGGUUUGAUAAGGAAAUCAACAUGACCGUCCCCUCGGAACCAGUCAGAGAGCAGAUUCUGAGGGCGCUUACUCGAAAAAUGCGCCUCGCUGACGACCUAGACUUCAAGACUCUGGCCAAACGGACACCGGGCUUUGUCGGCGCUGAUCUAAACGACUUGGUCUCCACGGCAGGCUCUGCGGCUAUCAAACGAUACUUGGAACUGCUCAAAUCGCAUGGUGGGGAAGAGAUGGACAUAGAAGAUCCCAACGAUCUGAGCCCUAAGGUCAAAGAGCUGCGACGGCUUAUCAAUCACGCGAAGGAGACCCCCAUUGGUGACGAGACGCAGACGGUCUUUGUCUCCAAUGCAGACUUUUUUACCGCUCUCCCCAAAAUUCAGCCGUCCUCCAAGCGUGAGGGCUUCGCCACUAUACCAGACACUACAUGGGCAGACAUUGGUGCUUUGGGAGGGAUUCGCGAAGAACUCAAUACUGCGAUCGUGGACGCAAUCAAGUCUCCCGAGCUCUAUGAGAACGUGGGUAUUACGGCGCCCACAGGUGUUCUGCUUUGGGGUCCCCCCGGCUGUGGUAAGACGUUGCUGGCCAAGGCUGUGGCCAACGAGUCGCGCGCCAACUUCAUCAGUGUAAAGGGACCUGAGCUGCUCAACAAGUUCGUGGGUGAGUCAGAGCGUGCAGUACGGCAGGUCUUUGUUCGCGCCCGCUCGUCAGUCCCUUGCAUUAUCUUCUUCGACGAACUUGAUGCCCUGGUCCCCCGCAGAGAUGAUGCUCUGUCCGAAGCUUCCGCGCGUGUCGUCAAUACCCUGCUCACCGAGCUUGACGGCCUCGGCAGCAGUCGUCAAGGGAUCUACGUGAUUGCCGCCACAAACAGGCCCGAUAUCAUCGACCCUGCGAUGCUUCGUCCAGGUCGUCUUGAAACGCUCCUCUACGUCAGCCUGCCUAAUCCCUUGGAGCGUGUGGAGAUUUUGCAGACCCUUGUUCGCAAGCUUCCUAUCGAGUUCACCGAAGAUAUGAGGAGGCUCGCCGAAGAAUGCGAAGGAUUCAGCGGUGCGGAUCUGGGAAGUUUGCUGCGCCGUGCCGGUUACUCCGCGAUCAAAAGACGUGAUCAGAUCAGCUUUGAGGAUUUCGUUGCCGCUAAGGCUUUCAUCCGGCCCAGUGUUACCGAUCUGAAAAAGUAUGAGAAGCUCAGGAGGGAGUGGAGCGGGGGCGUGUUGUAG